GCCGAUGGGUUCUAACUUCUAAAGUCCUCGUAAUCAUUCGUCCACAAUCGCUCUUGGAGUUCCACCACCGUCUCGCUGUAGACCUGCCGUUUCCCCCGUCGGCGAGAGAGAGUUGAUCAGCGGACUGAAUCGCCGGUUCGAUACCGCAUCUGAAGGUUCAGAGAGAAGAGAAACGGAGGCCGUCGAACUCCCUUGUAUUGUUUCGCAGCAAUUUUCCUUUCCAGUGUAUCUAUUUGGAUACCUUCCCAAUCGCAUCUUCUGGUUGGCUGACAAUUCGGCAGUGAUAAACUCUAGAUUUCUCUGAAAGAAUCCAUAACGAGCAUCAGGGAGAUCCAUUCAUAUGCAUGUUCUGCUUUUAUGGUUGCUUCUUCUUGCCCUAAUGGCGUUCGUUUGCUUGACGGGCCGCUGAAUAAUGCAGGAGGGAAGAAUGGAGGAGCAAUUCAUUCUCAGAGUUCCGCCUUCUGUUGCCGAGCGCUUAGAAUCCCUUCUGAACGGAAGUGCAGCUUCUCCCGAAGAGCAAGCACUAGAUUUGUCUUUCUCUGAGAAUGGACGGAGUGGCACAUUUAGCAUUGGCAAUGAGCAAUUCCCUGCAUCUCUCUUGGAUCUCCCUUGUGUGACGGAGUCCUAUAAGACGUAUGAUGAUCGAGCUCUGGUUAAAACUGCAGACAUCGGCCAGAUGAUUAUGGUUAGAGGACCGAAUGAAUCAGCUCCAGAUACAAUUGAGUACAGACAUGGUCUCACUCCUCCUAUGAGGGAUGCUCGGAAAAGAAGAUUCAGAAGAGAGCCUGACCUCAAUCCUGAGCUUGUGCAACGCGUUGAGAGAGACCUAUUGAACAUCAUGGCUGGUGGAACAGUAGAGAAUGUGAACGAGCAAGAAGAUGGGAACCAGAAUGCAUCUAAUGCCAAUAAGAAACCUGCACCAAAGCCCGUGACAAAGCCUGAGGCUCCACCAACAGCAGCUAAUGCUGAAGAGCCAGAAAGAAGUGAUUCUGAUGAUUCUGAGGACUCAGCGUGAUGAGAAUGCGUGCCUCGUCUUACCGAACUCAGGUUAGAGUGUACAGUGCUCUAAUGUUCCUUGAUCUCCCUCUCUACUAUAUGUUGGGCUGAGGUUUUUUCCAAACUGUAUUGUCCGUGUCUUGGAAGCUUUCGAAGAGAGGCUUCUUUCAAAUGUAGGAAGAACUGAGGAGAGGAAGAAAGCUACAGAAAUGUAGGCAAGGAUGGGGAACAACUGAGUUUGGCUGGAAUCUAUUGAUAGUGGUGAUGUUUAGAGGAUGUUGAGCUGAUCCUUUCCGUUUUACAUUUUAUUUCUGGACGGGAAUCAAGAUAAGUGAGCUACAGUUCCUUCUAAGGUGUGGCUAUGUAAGAUGAAAGUCAUGAAAGUGUACCCGUCUAUGGAUGCCACAGCUGAUAGUUUAUAGUUUAUACUGAGUUGAGAAUUCCAGUCUCCAUAGCUUAAUGCUAAUUCUUUUUUGUAAAUCAGUUUUCAAUCCCAUGUUUGAGCGAAUGUGAAUAUAACAACAAAGGCCACACCCAAAACAAAGACCAAGAAAUGAAGCGAUAAGCU